UUCUUCUUGAGUACUCUAUUGCGCCAAACAAAGAUAUGAGGAUCUUCACAAAGCUCUCCGCGCCACUCUGCCUCCUUUUUGUCUUCCUCUGUCUUAAAACUGCCUUCUCAUCCUCUAUACAUGCUUCUUCCUUCUCAUCAACACAACUCUGCUCUCAUGAGGAUUGAGGAGGCUGCUGCUUUGUUGCAAUUCAAGACUUCCUUUUCAAUCAACAACAGUACCAUCAACAACACUGUUUAUAAUCCUUAUUUAUGUGGUACUAAGACUGAGUCUUGGAAGGAAGGUAUAGACUGCUGCUCCUGGGAUGGGGUUAGCUGUGAUAAUGUCACAGGUCAUGUAAUUGCCCUUGAUCUCAGCUUCGAUUGCCUUUCUGGCACCUUUCCUUCGAACAGCACUCUUUUUCUCCUCAAAAACCUGGAGAGCCUCAAUCUUGCCUACAAUGAUUUUAGGCUUUCCAAGAUUCCACCAAAAAUCAGUCAGUUUAUUAGACUAAAGCAUCUUGAUAUCUCUUCUUCUCGAUUUUCGAGCCAAGUUCCAGCAGAAAUUGCUCACCUCCCCAAGUUAGUUUCUCUCUAUCUCUCUAAUAACCUUUAUGAUGAUUCUCCUAAAUUGAUCCUUGAAACAACUACCUUCAGAAAUCUUGUUCACAACUUGAGUGAGGUGAGAGAACUUGAGCUUAGUGGAGUGAACAUGACAUCUGUUAAUCCUCGUUUCUUCAUGAAUCUCUCUUCUUCAUUGACUACUCUUGAUCUUAUCGAGAGUGGGUUAAGAGGAAACUUUCCAAACAGUAUUUUUCGCUUUCCAAAUCUCAAGAAAUUUAGUUUAGGUGGAAACGAAAACCUCACUAUUGAUCUUCCAAGUUCCAAUUGGAGCAAUCCUCUCCAAGAUUUGGGUUUAUCUGUCAUGGAUUGCGGAAGGCGAUUGCCAGAGUCUAUAGGAGAACUAAAGUCAUUACAGUCUCUAAGUCUUAGCUGCAACUUGGAAGGUUCCCUUCCAGCUUCCAUUGGGAACUUAUCUCAACUAACUGACCUAAGCCUCCCUUUUAACAAUUUUAACGGACAAAUCCCAACAUCACUCGCAAACCUCACACAACUUACCUCUCUUGACCUUUCACGUAAUCAAUUUUCUGGUCCCAUUCCAGCUUCCAUAGGUAACUUAAGGCAACUUACUAUCCUAGACCUCUCUUCUAGCAAUCUUAGUGGACAAAUCCCACCAUCACUUGCAAACCUCACCCAACUUACCUUUCUUGAUCUUUCCAAUAAUCAGUUUUCUGGUUCCAUUCCAGAUUCCAUAGGUAACUUAAGGCAACUUGCUUUGCUAGCCCUCUCUUAUAACAAUUUUAGCGGACAAAUCCCACCAUCACUUGCAAACCUCACACAACUUUCCUCUCUUUACCUUUCCAAUAAUCAGUUUUCCAGUAUGUUGCCACCUUGGAUUUUCACCCUACCUUUGUUAGAGUCCUUGUAUCUCAAUCAUAACCAAUUUCAAGGUCAAAUAAAUCAAUUCCAGCAAAACUCACUCAUAGGUCUAGAUUUGUCAAACAAUAAACUUCAGGGCUCAAUUCCUAACUCAAUUGCUAUUUUAGUAAAUCUUAGUUAUCUUGAUUUAUCAUCAAAUCAUUUUAGUGAUUUAGUAGAAGCUGACAUCUUCUCGGCGCUUCAAAAUCUGGAAACCAUCUUUCUUUCAGACAAUAAUUUGUCCUUGAGAAUGAAUGUCAAUGCCAACUUCACAUUACCCAAACUAACUCAUGUUUCCUUUUCUUCUUGUAACUUGAGUGAAUUCCCCAAUUUCAUAAGACAUUCAAAUGGUCUGCAAAGCCUAGUGCUAUCCAAAAAUAGCAUUCAUGGAAAUAUUCCCCAAUGGCUAUGUGAAAAGGAUGAUCUCCAAAUUCUUGACCUUUCUCAUAACAAUUUAAUCGGGAAGAUUCCAAAUUGUCUUCCUAAGUUUCUCUCAGUGUUGAAUUUGCAGGUCAAUUACUUUGAUGGAAAUAUUCCAUUUGGGUUUCCAGAGGGCUGUGGAUUACAAAAUCUCAACUUACAUGGAAAUCAAAUGGACGGCCCAUUACCAAGGUCUUUGGUGAAUUGUAGCACGUUAGAGGUUCUAGACGUUGGCAACAACAACAUAGAGGACACAUUCCCUCAUUGGUUAGAAUCUCUACCAGACCUUCAAGUGCUUGUCUUAAGGUCCAACAAGUUCCACGGUUCUGUGCAGAGCACCAAAGAAAGUCCAUCUUUUCUCAGGUUACGAGUUCUGGACCUCUCCAACAAUGAUUUCCUUGGUCCUUUGCCUGUUCGGUACAUCAAAAAUUUUAAAGCGAUGAUGGACCUUUAUAGAGAUGAGGGUUCUCCUGAAUACAUGAAUGUCAAUUCUUAUCAAUAUUCACUGGUUGUGACAUGGAAGGGAUUCGACUAUGAGCUGCAGGGAAUCUUGACCGUAUUCAGUAGUAUUCAUCUCUCAAAUAACAUGUUUGAGGGAGAAAUUCCAGAUGUAAUUGGAAAGCUUAGUUCUCUCAAAGGGCUUAAUCUUUCUCAUAACAACCUUACUGGUCAUAUCCCACCGUCACUAGGGAAUUUGACAAAUCUGGAAUGGUUGGAUCUCUCUUCCAACGAGCUGGCGGGGAAAAUUCCCGAUCAAUUGGUAUCUUUGACACAACUCUCUGUAUUGAAUCUUUCAAAUAAUCAUCUUGCCGGGCGCAUACCGCAGGGCAGUCAGUUCUAACACCUUUGAAAAUGGUUCUUAUGAAGGAAACCUUGGACUAUGUGGAAUCCCAUUGUCAAAAUCUUGUGACGGAAUUGGGAUACCGCCGAGCUCCUUCCAAGAAAAAGAUAAGUUGUGGUGUUAGGCUAUGGAUGUGGAGUUGUUUUUGGACUGCUGAUGGGAUAUCUUGUCUUCCGAACAGGAAAACCAAAAUGGUUUGUGUCUUUGUUUGAUGGCCGACCAAGUCCAAGUGGAAGGAAGAUGAGGAAAGCCAGAAGACUUGUUCAAAGAAGAAGCUAGUUGCAGAGUUGAUGUUUUGGAGCUUCUGAUUUAAUGUUUCCUAAAUAAGUGCUUUUCGGGUUUGAAGUUCUUGUUAUGGUUGGCAUUGGCUUGUCUAAAAUUGUCAGCCUUCUCUUGUCUUUAUUAUGGUUUGUAAUUUUGUCUUUCUUUAUUGUAAAAUAUAUUUGAAGGUUUAAG